GCGUUCCUGAAGGAAUCCAGUGAGAAACCGGAAGUUUACGAUGCAGCAAUGUGUCUUUUUGAAAACAAUGACGGCCACGCCAUGAGUCGCCAUCUGGCCUACUCCAAGGAAGAAGGUGGCUUUUAUGCAGGCAUCAUGGACACACAGCUGACCCUCAGGACAGCAAUGGAGGUUAACGGAGCCAGCGUCAUCUAUGACUUGCUCUUCCAUUCCAACGGCAUCAUGCAUGCACGCACCAAGACUACAGGUUACAUCAUCACCUCGUUUUUCGCCUCGUCCGAGCAACCCUACGGUCAUCGAGUCCAUAACAAGCUCCUAGGAAACAUCCACCAAGAUAUGGUCAACAUCAAAAUAGAUAUCGAUACUAAUGGUCAGUCUAACAGAUACGAGACGCUGGACAUCAAGCAGGAGACAGUCAUGUCCACCGCGUUCCCAGACAAGGCUUACUCGCAGACGAGGUUCAACUCCUCCCUGAAGAGCACCGAGAAGGAAUCUGUUUACGACUUCGACUUUUCCCAGCCCAAAUACCACAUCGUUCACAACAACGAGAAGCGAAACAAGUACAAUGAAAAGAGAGCCUACAGAAUUGAAGUCCGUGACGUGGCCAAGAGCCUACUGGAAAGCGACCUGGCCAAUGAGAACUCCAUCCCUUGGGCCCGCCACCAGAUUGUGGUCACCAAACAUAAAGAAGAGGAAGCCUCCAGCAGCUCGGUCUACGCCCUCCUCGACAGCCAAGAUCCUGCUGUGGACUUCAGUAAAUACUACGAAGACGAUGAGAAUAUUGUUGAUCAGGAUCUGGUGUUCUGGGUCACUGCCGGCAGCCACCACAUCCCACGCUCCGAGGACAUCCCCAAUGCAGCAACCGUGGGCAGCCACAUGAGCGUUUUCCUCUCCCCCCACAACUACUUCGAUGAGAGCCCUUCAGCCGCAUUGCGUGACGCUAUCUACAUCACAUACAAGGAUCCCAAGGACCCAUCUAAAGGGGUCCGCGUUGACAGAAACGGGAACUCUAGGCAGCAGUGUGUGAUACCAAAACCUUCCUUGGAAGAUGACCUGGAGAAAAACCCUGACAGAGCCUUGGAAAGUCGCAGACCUAAGUCUACAGAUAUUUAA